AUGAUAUUAACGGAUAGAGCCCGCAUGUUGCAUCACUUUGGUUUCGGUGACGAUCGAUUUUCGGUUGAAAAUUGCGAUGAGCGCAUCCUUCGUAUCAACAACGGUCAACAGCUUUUGAAUAUCAAUUGCUUUGAUGCCAUGAAAGGCAUCCUUGAGAUCAUUCACGAAACGAUCAGCGACUUUUUGAAGUUCUUCGUUGCUCUAAUCGUUCGUCUUUUCGAUGAGAUCAUCUCGCGGAAAGGAGUAGUCUUUCUGGAGAAAGAUAUUUUU